AUGCAAACCAAUAAUUUAAACAAUAAAGCUAUUUAUUGGGAACAAAUUGCCAAAAAUCCCUCAAAACUUCGUUUACUUCGUUCCCCAUCUUCUCCAUUAGAAGGCACUACUACAGCAACCACAACUACUACAAACUCUUCUUGGGUAAUACCUUUUAAUCAGUCUUUAAGACAUCCAUCACAACAAUCGGUUGGGGUACAUUCAGCGUGGAAAGCGGCCUCUCCGAGUCGCCGUCUAACAACCAAACAGCCAAAAAGAAUGCCUAAAUUUAAAAUUCAUUAUUUAAAUCUUCGAGGACGGGCAGAAUCAAUACGGCUACUACUUAACUAUGUCCAACAACCCUUUGAAGAUUUUAGAGAAAAUUUUUUGGAAUUUACAAAAGCUAAAGACAAACUUCCAUUGCCCCACCUCCCCAAACUUACAGUAGAUAAACAAUUUGAAAUAUGCUACACUUCUGUUAUUUUAGCCUAUUUAGGAGAGAAAUUUGGUAUGUUUAUUAGAAUAAUAAAUCAGAAUAUAAGGGAAAAUAUAAAAUUACAAAUUAAACUUGAAUUGUAA